AUGUCGGUUGUGAUUGCCAUAAGUCCAACUUACAGUCAAAACGUCACAGGCGCAUCCGAGUUAGUAUUCUUCACAUCCCGUACAACUCUUAUACUAAGCGAGUCGGAAGCGAGACGAACAUGUGUAAUCAUUAAGGGGUUCAUGUCAAAAAUGGUCCUUAUCGAUCCGGACUGGCAACACAAGGAUAAGCAACUUCCUUCAAGAUUUGUUGUGAAGAUCCUCACUCAGCUGGCCAUGCAAAAACUCACCGAUGAGUUCAGCCAAAUGCACAACGUCGAAAACUCUUUCAUUGAACCAAAAUUCAUGGCAGAAUUAGAACUGAUGCAGAAAAAUUGUCAUAACGCCGAAGUAAGAACUUAUAAUCAUCUUAUGAAGGUCUCGAACGAGCACCUGCAUAUUCCAAAGGUUCGCAAAUUAUUUUGUCUUUGA